AAAAAAAAAGUCCAAGUUGUCUCUCUUAUAUUUUUUGAAGUUUCUCUUCAUUUUUCUGUCUCGAAUGGUGAUUCUCAUUUUAGUAUAGAUCUUCUCAAUUUAAGCUAAAAACACAGUGGCAGAGGAAUCGUAGAAAACCCAGUUUCUGUUUUUGGUUUAAUUGGGUCAUUGUAGUUUAAAGUUUCUUAUUUUGAAGCUAUAAAGAGGCAGAGAGAGGGUCUGCCAGUUUCACGGUUUUGUUUCUUCUAGCUAUUCUUGAUUUGUUUCUGCAGAAGAAGCGCAAAAGAGCAGAUGGGUUCUGCUCAUCAGGAACAGAUCAGGCAGUUCCAGUCGUUAAUGGAAGAAGUGGAUCAGAGUCUAAAGCAGACAUUUAAGAAUAUGCACCAGGGUUAUCCAACUGAAACUUUGAUUCGUUUUCUUAAAGCAAGAGACUGGAACGUUCAGAAAGCUCAUAAAAUGUUGGUUGAGUGCUUACAAUGGAGAAUACAGAAUGAUAUUGACAAUAUCUUGGCGAAACCUAUCAUCCCAACUGACUUAUACAGAGCAGUUCGAGAUUCACAGCUUGUAGGAUUGUCAGGUUACUCAAAAGAGGGUCUUCCUAUUAUUGCUUUUGGUGUUGGGCUCAGCACAUAUGAUAAGGCAUCUGUGAAUUACUAUGUACAGUCACAUAUUCAAAUGAAUGAAUACAGAGAUCGUGUAGUCUUUCCAGCUGCAACAAAAAAGUAUGGAAAGUAUAUUGGUACUUGUCUGAAGGUUUUGGAUAUGACUGGCUUAAAGCUUUCAGCACUGAACCAAAUAAAUCUAAUGACUGUAAUAACAACAAUUGAUGACUUGAAUUAUCCAGAGAAGACAAAUACAUACUAUAUUGUGAAUGCUCCAUAUGUAUUUUCGGCAUGCUGGAAGGUUGUGAGGCCUCUAUUGCAAGAAAGGACAAAGAAGAAAAUUCAGGUCCUUCAAGGUUGUGGAAGAGAUGAGUUAUUGAAAGCAUCUCUCUUUGUGCUCAUGUUGACAAUUGUCACUGUCACUAUAAAAAUUCUUCCAGAAUUCAGAAGGCAUUAUGGUAAUAUAUGUCAAUAUGUCUGGAAUAUUAGUUCUUUUACUUUUGUGCAAGGUGCCAAGGUCAUUCUAAAGAUAACAGACCUACCUUCCGUCAUAUCAACUUGAUAUGUUCCGGAUUGUCUGUGUAUAGCAUGUGCAUUGUGUCUACUUCACUGAUUGUCCAUGUGUAGCAUGUGCAUUGUGUCUACUUCAUUGACAGAUUUUGAUAAUGAAACAAAUUGGAUUAGUUUAUGGCUUAAGGUGGUGAAGUUCCUCCUCUUGUAAUGCUAGUAUGAUUGAAUUGGCUUGGUUAGCACAAGGGCUUGGUAAUGUUGUUGCUUUGUGACUUUUCUGCAGGUAAUGGAUUAUUCAUCCCUGCCACAUUUUUGUAGGCAAGAAAGUCAUGGGUCAUCCCGGCAAAACGGUAAUGGAACAAUGAAUACUUGUUUCUCCUUGGAUCAUGACUUUCAUCAACAGCUUUACAACUACAUAAAGCAGCAAGCUGCUCUUGUAGAGUCCACUUCCCCAGUCAGACAGGGAUCGGUCCAUGUCAAGUUUCCUGAGCCUGACCCAGAAGACAACAAAAUUGUGGUUACUAUGGAAACCGAGCUUCACAGGCUAGGGCAUCAGAACGGCAUUCAUCACUGCUGAACUGGCCCUAAGGUUAACAGAAUUAAGAUUUAGAUUAUACCGAUCUUUUAUUUUCAGCCAAUAUGUUAACAAAAGCCUAAAUUGGAUGGCUAAAUGCUCAUUAACCUUUUUUGAUGAGCUAAUAUCAAAUUUAGUCGUGGGUUUGAUUGCAUCAACCCAAUGCAGGUUAUGUAGGGGAGCUAAUCUAGCGGAUAACAUGACCAACCCCUUUGGAGAGGAUGGUCUCAUCCUUCACUUACCAUGUUGGAAACAUGUUUUCGAUCUUCUAAUUUCCCGAGUAAUUAUUUAUCUUCUCUCUUCCUCUGAAAAGGGGUUAAUUCUAGUACCAAAUUCAUUCUUGAUUUCUGUUCAACUCUAUUAAUUGCGCUUUGUUAAUCUUCACCCUUAUGAAGUUGCUUUGCAAUAAUGGAAUAACACGGAU